CCUCUUUUGGGAUCUGCCAAGUAUAUAUAGCAGUCUUUUCCAGUGCUUGUUCAUUCCUCUUUAAUCUCAAAGAAGUCAACCAGCUGUACUUGGGACCUCCCGAAGAGAGCAAUAUGAAAGCUGUGGCGCUGUUGAUGUGUUUGCUGGGCUCUUCACUAGCUGCCCCUGCCCCUGACAGUGGCAGUAAUGAGCAGGCAAUUGCUAGUCAUGCAAACACAGCUUUGCAGUUGAUGGAACUCUACAGAAUGUUAGGACAGCUGCGGCAACAGGGGUACGGUGCUGUUGCUGGUCCUCAACUGCCUGCUGCACCUGCAGCUCCCGUAGAUCCUGCACCUGUUGAUACCCAGCCUCAGGUUUCACCUCAAAUACCUCAGCAGGGCUAUUUCUACAACCCCGCAGCUUUUGCACCCACAGGAGAUGGAUCUGAUGAGGAAGUUGCACCACAGUAUCGUGGAUUUUACCCACACUAUGGUUACCCCCAGCCUGCCCAGCCGGCGGCUCCACUGAACUCAGAUGAGGCUGAGGGAGCAGAAGCUGAGGGUGCGGAGGCGGCAGAGGGGGCCGAAGCUGGUGCCGAAGCUGGAGCUGAAGCUGGAGCCGAAGCUGAACCUGCUGGAACCGCUGCCACUGUUGAUGCUGCUGCAAAUGAGAUCCUACCUGUUGAUGUCGCUGAACCAGCUGCUGAUGUCAUCGCUGCUGCCGUUGCUGCCGUAGAUCCGGCCCUCAGUCCAGAGGCCCCUGCCGUGGCAGUGGAAAUCGACACCACGGUUGUUGGGCCUGAUGUGGCUGCUGGAGAGCAGGUGUUGAUGGCUGAAGCUCCUGAUGCUGCUCUGCCAGUGUAGUAAGAGAGGGAUGAUGACAAGCCACGCCCCCAAGAUCAUAACCAAACGGUAACAUCGCUGAAAUUAAGGCCACGCCUUUGUAGUCUAUAUAGCACAGGGACUUGGCUAGAACAAGGGGGAGCGCAAGACUGGCUUGCUGGAUCCAAAUGUGGCACAUUGCUUGUGUUUUGUGUGAAAAUAAUUCCUGGCAGAUGACGAUUUAUAAUAACCUCACUGUACGAAUUGAGCCGAUACUGCUGCAGACAGCGUUACUUUUCAGUGUCUUUUUUUCUUUCUUUCAGUUUCUUAAAAUAAAAUGUCUUUUUUUCUUACUGCAA